GCAGUGACAUCACUUGCCCGCGAGGAGCCAUCCAGUGCGGUUGGAUGAGCUCUCUGAAAAAGAAAAUACAAAUAUACAACGAACCCAAAACGAUAAGAAAGUGAAAAGUCUACAAGAGUGAAACCGGAAGUGAGGUCUUUGGAAAGGAUUUUGGCUUAUCGCCUGCCCAAGAAUGGGGCUACCCGUGGCUGUGGGUGCGGCCCUGUGCCUACUGCUAGCGUUAGCCCAAUGCCAGGCGGAGCUAACGCCUCCGUACUUCAAUUUGGCCACUGGCCGUAAGAUAUUUGCCACUGCCACAUGUGGCGAGGACACCGAUGGACCCGAGCUCUACUGCAAGCUGGUCGGAGCCAAUACGGAAAAUGAUCACAUUGAUUAUUCGGUUAUUCAAGGACAGGUCUGCGAUGUGUGUGAUCCGAAUGUGCCGGACAAGAAUCAUCCGCCAGAGAAUGCCAUCGAUGGCACCGAAGCCUGGUGGCAGAGUCCGCCCUUGUCCCGAGGCAUGAAAUACAAUGAAGUCGAUUUGACCAUCAAUUUUGAACAGGAAUUUCAUGUCGCUUACUUGUUCAUACGCAUGGGCAACUCGCCGCGUCCUGGUCUGUGGACAUUGGAGAAAUCUGUGGAUUAUGGCAAGACCUGGACACCCUGGCAACAUUUUUCGGACACGCCCGCCGAUUGUGAGACGUACUUUGGUAAGGACACUUACAAGCCCAUCUCCCGGGACGACGAUGUUAUCUGCACGACGGAAUACUCGAAGAUUGUGCCGCUGGAGAAUGGCGAGAUACCCGUGAUGCUGCUGAAUGAGCGGCCGAGCAGCACAAAUUACUUUAAUUCGUCGGUGCUGCAGGAGUGGACACGUGCCACCAAUGUGCGCAUACGUCUGCUGCGUACCAAGAAUCUGUUGGGCCACUUGAUGUCUGUCGCCAGGCAGGAUCCCACUGUGACGCGUCGCUACUUCUACUCGAUCAAGGACAUCUCGAUUGGUGGCCGCUGCAUGUGCAACGGCCAUGCGGACACCUGUGACGUGAAGGAUCCAAAGAGUGCUGUGCGGAUACUCGCCUGCCGCUGCCAGCAUCACACGUGCGGCAUUCAGUGCAACGAAUGUUGCCCCGGCUUCGAGCAAAAGAAGUGGCGCCAGAACACCAAUGCGCGGCCCUUCAACUGCGAGCCGUGCAAUUGCCAUGGCCACAGCACGGAGUGCAAGUACGAUGAAGAUGUGAAUCGCAAGGGUCUGUCGCUGGACAUUCAUGGCCACUACGAUGGCGGUGGCGUGUGCCAGAACUGUCAGCACAACACUGUAGGCAUCAACUGCAACAAAUGCAAGCCCAAGUACUAUCGGCCCAAGGGCAAACACUGGAACGACACGGAUGUCUGCAGUCCCUGCCAGUGCGACUUUUUCUAUUCCACCGGCCACUGUGAGGAGGAGACUGGCAAUUGCGAGUGUCGUGCCGCCUUCCAGCCGCCCAAUUGUGAUUCCUGUGCUUACGGCUACUAUGGCUACCCGAACUGUCGCGAAUGUGAAUGCAAUUUGAAUGGCACGAACGGCUAUCACUGCGAGGCGGAGAGCGGGCAGCAGUGUCCCUGCAAGAUCAACUUUGCUGGCUCCUACUGCAAACAGUGUGCCGAGGGCUACUACGGCUUUCCCGAGUGCAAGGCCUGCGAAUGCAAUCAGAUUGGUUCCAUCACAAACGACUGCAAUGUGACGAGCGGAGAGUGCAAAUGUUUGACCAACUUUGGUGGCGAUAAUUGCGAGAGAUGCAAGCAUGGCUACUACAAUUAUCCAGCGUGUUCAUACUGCGAUUGCGACAAUCAAGGCACAGAGUCGGAGAUUUGCAACAAACAGUCGGGGCAGUGCAUCUGUCGAGAGGGUUUCGGUGGUCCGCGCUGCGAUCAGUGCCUGCCCGGUUUCUACAACUAUCCCGAUUGCAAGCCCUGCAACUGCUCGAGCACCGGCAGCUCGGCCAUCACCUGCGACAACACGGGCAAGUGCAAUUGCUUGAACAACUUUGCCGGCAAACAGUGCACGCUGUGCAGUGCCGGCUACUACAGCUAUCCGGAUUGUUUGCCCUGCCACUGUGAUUCGCAUGGCUCACAGGGCGUCACGUGCAAUGCCGAUGGGCAGUGCCUGUGCCAGCCCAACUUUGAUGGACGCCAGUGUGAUUCGUGCAAGGAGAGCUUCUACAAUUUCCCCAGCUGCGAGGACUGCAACUGUGAUCCCGCGGGCGUGAUUGAUAAAUUCGCUGGCUGUGGCUCGGUGCCCGUGGGCGAGCUGUGCAAGUGCAAGGAGCGCGUCUCGGGACGCAUCUGCGAUGAGUGCAAGCCGCUGUAUUGGAAUCUGAACAUUAGCAAUCCCGAUGGCUGCGAGAACUGCGACUGUUGGACAGAUGGCACCAUCUCUGGGUUGGAUACAUGCGCCUCCAAGUCCGGGCAGUGUCCGUGCAAGCCGCACACCCAGGGACGCCGCUGCAAGGAGUGCCGCGAUGGCACCUUCGAUCUGGACAGCUCCUCGCUGUUUGGCUGCAAGGAUUGCCAGUGCGAUGUGGGUGGCUCGUGGGCCAGUGUCUGUGACAAGACGAGUGGCCAGUGCAAGUGCCAUCCCCGUGUCACGGGACGUGCCUGCACGCAGCCUCUGACCACGCACUACUUCCCGACGUUGCAUCAGUUCCAGUACGAGUACGAGGAUGGUACGCUGCCUUCGGGCACGCAAGUGCGUUACGAUUACGCUGAACAGGAGUUCCCAGGAUUCAGCAGCAAGGGCUAUGUGGUGUUCAACACAAUACAGAACGAAGUCCGCAACGAGUUGACCGUGUUCAAGUCCUCCCUUUAUCGCAUUGUCCUGCGCUAUGUGAAUCCCAAUGAUGAGAAUGUGACAGCCACCAUACUGAUUCAGUCGGAGAACCCCCAGGAAGUGGAUCAAAACGUCAAGGUCCUGCUGCAACCGACAAAGGAGCCGAAAUUCGUCACUGUGUCUGGACCCAAGGGCCUCAAGCCCUCGGCCAUUGUGUUGGAUCCGGGACCACGCUAUGUCUUCACCACCAAAGCCAGCAAGAAUGUGAUGCUCGAUUACUUUGUGCUGCUGCCCGCUGCCUACUACGAGGCAUCCAUUCUCACGCGCCAAAUCUCGAAUCCGUGCGAACUGGGCAACAUGGAGCUGUGUCGCCACUACAAGUACGCCUCCGUGGAGGUCUUUGAGCCGACUGGCGUGCCCUUCCUCAUUGGCUCGAAUGGCAAGCCCGCAAAGGCCGCCGAAGUGUACAGCGAUCCGGAGCAUUUGCAGAUUGUGAGCCAUGUGGGGGAUGUUCCGGUGCUUAGCCGAUCGCAGCCGGAGCUGAAUUACAUUGUGGAUGUGCCACAGAGUGGACGCUACAUCUUUGUGAUUGAUUACAUUAGCCACAGGAACUUUACGAACACGUAUUACGUGAAUCUGCGACUGAAGAAUGAUCCCGAUUCGGAGACAUCUGUGCUGCUGUAUCCCUGCCUGUACUCCACCGUUUGUCGCACCUCCGUGAAUGAUGAUGGCCUGGAGAAGAGUUUCUACAUAAGCAAGGAGGAUCUGCAGCCCGUUAUCAUCUAUGCUGACAUUACGGAUGAAUAUCGUGUGCCCAUCAUUUCGGUUACGGCUAUUCCAGUGGAUCAAUGGUCCAUUGAUUACAUCAAUCCCAGUCCCGUAUGUGUCAUCCACAAUCAACAAUGCUCGACGCCCAAAUUUGUCUCUGUGCCGGACUCCAAGAAGAUUGAAUUCGAAACGGAUCAUGAGGAUCGCAUUGCAGUCAACAAACCACCAUACGCGGCGCUCGACGAACGUGUAAAGCUCGUGCAUUUGGAUGGAAAGGAAGAGGGUAGCAUUGUGAUUGAGUCAAAGGUUGCCGAGCCUGGCCGUUAUGUAAUACUGGUGAAAUAUUACCAGCCAAAGCAUCCCAAAUAUCAGGUAUACUUCACCUUGACAGCAGCCAAAAACCAAUACGAUGGACACUUUGACAUCGAGCAUUGCCCCUCAAGCUCUGGCUGCCGCGGCGUGAUCCGCCCAGGCGGCGAAUACGACUGGUUCGACAUUGAUGAUGAAUUUCAUUUCACAAUUACAAAUGAUCGUCCGCAAGGCGUUUGGUUGGACUAUCUUGUGGUGGUGCCGCUGAAGCAAUACAACGAGGAUCUGCUGGUGGAGGAAACCUUCGAUCAGACGAAAGAGUUUAUCAAGAACUGUGGCCACGAUGACUUCCACAUCACGCACAAUGCCAGCGAAUUCUGCAAGAAGGCCGUCUUCUCCCUGACGGCGGACUACAACAGCGGAGCGCUGGCCUGCAACUGCGACUAUGCGGGCUCCACGAGCUUCGAGUGCCGUCCGUUCGGGGGCCAGUGCCAGUGCAAGCCGAAUGUGAUUGACAGGCAGUGCGGCAGUUGCCGCAGUCGCCACUAUGGCUUCCCCGAUUGCAAGCCCUGCCAGUGCCCCAGCAGCGCCAUGUGCGAAUCCACCACCGGCGAGUGCAUGUGUCCCCCGAAUGUGAUUGGUGACAUGUGCGAGAAGUGCGCACCGAAUACGUAUGGCUUCCAUCAGGUCAUUGGCUGCGAGGAGUGCAACUGCAACUAUCUGGGCAUUGCCAAUGGCAACACCCAGUGCGACAUGUUCAACGGCACCUGCGAGUGUCGCGAGAACAUCGAGGGCAGAGCCUGCGAUGUGUGCGCCCAUGGCUACUAUCAGUUCCCGCGCUGCGAGCAAUGCUCCUGCCACAAGCCGGGCACAGAGCUGGAGGUUUGCGACAAGAUCGAUGGCAGCUGCUUCUGCAAGAAGAAUGUCGUGGGACGCGACUGUGAUCAGUGUGUGGAUGGCACGUACAAUCUACAGGACAGCAAUCCCGAUGGCUGCACCACUUGCUUCUGCUUUGGCAAGACCUCACGCUGCGAUAGCGCUUACUUGCGUGUCUACAAUGUCAGUCUGCUGCGUCAGGUGUCCAUCAGCACCGCGGAGUUCAACAACAACAACAAAACCAUUGAAUUUGAGCUUUGGGCCGUGGCGCCCGAGGAACUGCAACUGAACGAGACAACGCUCCAGGCGGACUUCACAUCGCGCGAGGUGAGCGACGAGAGACCCGCGUACUUUGGCGUCCUUGACUAUCUCCUGAAUCAGAACAGUCACAUCUCCUCGUAUGGCGGAGAUCUGGCCUACACGCUGCACUUUAGCUCUGGCUUUGAUGGCAAAUCGAUCGUCGCACCCGAUGUCAUUCUAAUGGGCAAGGACAAGGUGCUGGUGCAUCAGAGCUACGAGCAGCCGAGCCGGAAUAUGCCCUUUGCCAAUCGCCUGCAAAUGGUUGAAACGAACUUCCAGACGCACUCCGGAAAGAGCGUCUCGCGUGCGGACUUUAUGAUGGUGCUGCGCGACCUCAAGGCCAUCUACAUUCGUGCCAACUACUGGGAGCAGACGCUCAUCACGCAGAUCUCGGAUGUGUACCUAUCGCUGGCGGAUGAGGAUGCUGAUGGCACAGCGGAAUAUCAAUUCCUGGCCGUCGAACGUUGCUCCUGCCCGCCCGGCUAUGUGGGCCAUUCGUGCGAGGACUGUGCACCAGGCUAUUACCGUGAUCCAAAUGGUCCCUAUGGCGGCUACUGCAUCCCCUGCGAGUGCAACGGCCACUCGGAGACGUGUGACUGCGCCACGGGCGUCUGCACGGACUGCCAGCACGGCACCCAGGGCGAACACUGCGAGGAGUGCGUGUCGGGCUACUACGGCAAUGCCACCACUGGCACGCCCCUCGACUGCAUGAUCUGCGCCUGUCCCCUGCCUUACGAUUCGAACAACUUUGCCACCAGCUGCGAGAUCUCCGAGUCGGGCAAUGAGAUCCAUUGCGAGUGCCGUCCCGGCUACACCGGACCCCGCUGCGAGUCCUGCGCGAAUGGCUUUUACGGCAAUCCCGAGGUGGUGGGCGAUGUGUGCAAACCCUGCGACUGCUCGGGCAACAUCAAUCCCGAGGAUCAGGGCUCGUGUGACACGCGCACCGGCGAGUGCCUGCGCUGCCUGAACAAUACAUUUGGCGCCGCCUGCAAUCUGUGUGCGCCCGGCUUCUAUGGCGAUGCUGUGAAGCUGAAGAACUGCCAGAGCUGCGACUGCGAUGAUCUGGGCACCCUCGAGUGCGAUCCGUUUGUGGGCAAGUGCACCUGCCACGAGAAUGUUAUUGGCGAGCGCUGCGAUCGCUGCAAGGCCGAUCACUAUGGCUUCGAGUCGGGUCUGGGCUGCCGCGCCUGUGACUGCGGUGCCGCCUCCAACUCCACGCAAUGCGAUGCCCACACUGGACACUGUGCCUGCAAGCCGGGCGUCACGGGUCGCCAAUGCGAUCGCUGUGCCGUGGAUCACUGGAAGUACCAGAAGGAUGGCUGCACCCCGUGCAACUGCAAUCAGGGCUAUUCGCGUGGAUUUGGCUGCAAUCCGAACACCGGCAAGUGCCAGUGCCUGCCGGGCGUGAUUGGUGAUCGCUGCGAUGCGUGCCCUAAUCGUUGGGUUCUCAUCAAGGACGAGGGCUGCCAGGAGUGCAAUAAUUGCCAUCAUGCGCUGCUCGAUGUCACGGACAAGAUGCGCUACCAAAUCGACAGUGUUCUGGCGGACUUUGGCAGCGUAACGCUGGCCUUCUUCACCAGCCAAAAGCUGAACUAUUACGACAAUCUGGCGGAUGAGUUGGUGCCGAAAAUUAAGGCAUUGGAUCCCACCAGCGUGGACCUGAACCCCUCGAAAAAAUCCAACAGCGACCUGGAGGCCGAUGCCAAGAGCUAUGCAAAGCAAGUGAAUCAAACGCUGGCCAAUGCGCUGGACAUACGCGACAGAUCGAGCACCACGUUGGGCAACAUAACCAACGCCCACGAAGAGGCACUAAAGAGUGCAGAUCAGGCGAGGGAAGCCAUUGCUGCCGUGGAGGCGUUGUCCAAGAAUCUUGAGACUGCAGCCAGCACAAAGAUUGAGGCGGCCCUCGAGCAGGCACAGCACAUACUGGGACAGAUAAACAACACGGAGAUCCCGUUGCUGGCCAACGAACAGGUGCUGGAGAAGGCGCGUCUGUUGUACGACGAUGUGGACACUUUGGUGCAGCCAAUCAAGGAGCAAAAUCGCAGCUUAAACGCGCUGAAGAAUGACAUUGGAGAGUUCAGCGACAAGCUGGAGGAUCUGUUCAACUGGAGCGAGCAAUCGGAGACGCAGUCCGCGGAAGUUGAGCGCCUGAAUGUCGUCAACAAACAGUCGUUUGACAACUCCAAGUUCGACACCGUCUCGGAGCAGCAGCAGCAGGCAGAGACGAACAUCAAGGAUGCUGGCAAUUACCUCAUCAACGGGGAUCUCACUCUGAGCCAGAUUGGCCAGAAGUUGGACAAUCUACGCGAUGCCCUCGAGGAGCUGAAGUCUGUGAACAAAAACGUGGACGAGGAGCUGCCCGCGCGCGACGAUCAGCACCAAGAAGCGGAACAGCUGACGGGCCAAGCGGAGAUGAAAGCCGCUGGGCUGGCCAUCAAGGCGCAAGAUCUCGCAGAGCAAUACACGGACAUGACGGCCCACGCAGAGCCCGCAAUCAAGGCAGCCACCGCCUACUCGGGCAUUGUUGAAGCCGUGGAUGCUGCACAGCAGUUCAGUCAGGAUGCCAUCACGGCUGCAGGCAAUGCCACACAAAUCACCGAUGGCAUUGAAGAGCGUGCCGGCCAGGCGGACUCCGAGUCUGCGGAACUCCUCCAAAAGGCACGUCAAUCCCUGCUGAAGGUGCAGGAUGAUUUGGAGCCACGACUGAACAGCUCGGGCGGCAAGGUGCAACAGAUUUCGCAGCGCAACAAUGCCACUGAGCAGCAGCUGAAGGAUAUUAAUAUACUCAUCGCCCAACUGCCGGCAGCGGCACAGCGUGACAUGUGGAAGAGUUCGAAUGCGAAUGCCAGCGAUGCGCUGGAGAUUCUCAAGAAUGUCCUGGAAAUCCUCGAGCCAGUGAGCGCACAGACGCCCAAGGAGCUGGAGAAGGCGCACAACAUCAAUCGGGAUUUGGAUCUGACCAACAAGGACAUCUCGCAGGCCAACAAUCAGCUGGACAAUGUCGAUGGCUCCGUGUCGAAGCUUGUGGAAUUGGCCGAAGAUGUCGAAGAUCAGCAGCAGCGCGUGACCGCCCAAACACUGAAGCUCGGCCAAGACAUUGAGAACCUCAAGCGGCAGGUGGAGACGGCCCGUCAGUUGGCCAACAACAUCAAGGUGGGCGUCAAGUUCCGCCCAAGCACCGUGCUCGAACUGAAGACACCCGAAAAGGCCAAGCUGCUGGCCACACGCACCAAUCUGUCCACGUUCUUCCGCACCAACGAGAAGUCUGGCUUCCUGGUCUUCCUGGGCAACGACAAUGCCACAGCUCAGAAGAACAAGGACUUUGUGGCCGUGGAGAUUGUCAAUGGCUAUCCCAUCCUGACCAUCGAUCUGGGCAACGGGCCGCAGCGCAUCACCAACGACAAGUACGUGUCGGAUGGAAAGUGGUACCAAGCGGUGGUCGAUCGCGUGGGUUCCGUGGCGAAGCUCACGAUACGCGAACAGCUGCCGAACGGCGAGGUUGUGGAGCACCAGAGCGAACCCACUCAGCUGGAGGGUUCCCAGAACAUACUCCAUGUGGAUCGCAAUAGUCGCCUGUUUGUGGGUGGCUAUCCGGGUGCACCAGACUUUGCAGCGCCCGAGGAUAUCACCGCAAACUACUUCAACGGCGACAUUGAGGAUCUGCGCAUUGGUGACGAGAAUGUGGGACUCUGGAACUUUGUCUAUGGCGAGGAUAAUGUCGAGGGUGUGCGCGAACGAGAUGUGCUGCUCGAGAAGAAGAAACCGGUGACGGGGCUGCGCUUCAAGGGCAACGGAUACGUUCAGCUGAAUGCCACAUACAACUUCAAGAGCCGCUCGACCAUCAAGUUCAACUUCAAGGCCGACAAGGACAGCAGCAAUGGGCUGUUGUUCUUCUACGGCCGCGACAGGCAUUACAUGUCCAUUGAGCUGGUCGAUGGCGCGGUUUACUUCAACAUUAAGCUGGGCAACGGCGGCGUCUCGUCGGGCAGCAGCAAUCGCUACAAUGACAAUCAGUGGCACACCGUGGAGGCUGGACGAGAUGGACGCACCGGACUGCUGAAGGUGGACGACAUACUGCUCUUCCAUGAGACAGCACCAGCGGAGGCGGACGAGGAGUUGCCGAAGCUGCGACGCAUGUACUUCGGUGGCUAUCCGCGACGUUUGAACAACUCGGAGAUUGUGCCACAAAACUUUGAUGGCUGCAUCGAUGAUGUGAUCAUCUCUGGCAUUGUCGUGGACCUCACGGAGUAUGUGAAUGGCACGGGCGUGGAGGAGGGCUGCCCCGAGCGGUUCUCCACUGUGCUGUCGUUUGCCCCGAACGAGUAUGGGUUCCUGCGCACCCACAACAUCUCCACGGACAACGAUCUGCACGUGAAUUUGCGCUUUAAGACACGCCAGCCCAAGGGCAUUCUGUUCUAUGCCACCAACAAUGAUCAGAGCUCGACCAUUGGCCUCACGCUGGACGAUGGCUAUCUGAAGCUAAGGAGUCAGGGCAGCGAACUGGUCAUCGAUCAGCGUGCCUUCAACGAUGGCGAAGAUCAUGUGGUCACAGUGCAGCAUAAUGCUGGCGAGCUGCGUCUUUCAGUGGAUGAUGAAGAGGAGGAACGUUUGGGCUCCCCUGAACCUCUGUACAUUGAGUCUGGUGACAUAUUCUUUGCUGGUCUGCCGGACAACUAUCAGACACCGCGCGGUGCACUCUCAACGCUCGCAUACUUUGUGGGCUGCAUCAGCGAUGUGACCGUGAACGAUGAGAUCAUUAAUUUUGCCAACAGUGCGGAGAAGAAGAAUGGCAACAUCAAUGGCUGUCCACCGGACAUACUAGCUUACGAACCGGAUCUUCUGCCAAACUAUUAUCCAAGUGGCGACAAUGAGCUGGAACCGCCAUCACCAGGCAGAAUAACGACACACAAGCCAGUGGCCACUCCACCACCAAGCACGACUACCACAACCACCACAACACCUGCCACAACCACUAGCACCACGACCACAACCACAACCACAACGAUGCGCACCACAGCAGCAGAGCCAGAGGUAUUCGGUGCGGACAUUAUGCCGCAGAAAACGCUGACCACACGACCCACACCGAAGAUGAAUCAGCCGAGCGAUGAGCGUUGCAAGCUGCCCGUGAAUCCCAAUUAUGAUGUGGAUUUCGAGACGGGUGGCUACCGCUUCUACUCGCUGAAGGAGCAGCGGCUGGAGAUCAACUCGCUGCCGGUGAAACUUAGACGUCAUCACGAUGUGAGCAUCUCGUUCCGCACCGAGUAUCCGAAUGGACUGCUCUUCUAUGCGAGCAGCAAGCAGAAGGAUGACUUUAUAGCUGUCUAUCUGCUGGAUGGACGGGUGACCCAUCAGCUGCGAGUGGGAGCUGUCCUCACGGCGAACAUCACCAGCGAAUCGGAGCUGAACGAUGGCAAGUGGCACACGGUGGAAAUUGUGCGCACCUCGAUGCGCGUCAGCCUGAUCAUCGACCACACAGAGCAGGCGGGCUCGGUGGAGUUAAGCCAACAGCGCAACGCACCUGUGCUGACAGUCGAGAUGCCCAUCUAUGUGGGCGGCAUUACCAAGUUUGUGGAGUCGGAGCUGAAGAAUCACACGUACUUUGGGGGAAACACUUCGUACUUCAAUGGCUGCCUGAAGGACAUCAAGUUCGAUGGUGUGGCGCUGGAGACAGAGCCCACCAAGUACUCCGUGGUGCCCUGCUCCGAUCAGGUGGAGAGUGGAGUCUUCUUCCACAGCAGCUCAAGCAGCACAAUACCACCGUAUGUGAAGCUCUUCGAACGCUUCACCGUUGGCGCCGUGAUGACCAUCAGCUUUGAUUUCCGUCCCCGCGAGCCGGACGGUCUGCUCUUCUCGGUGCACGGCAAGAACUCCUAUGCCAUUCUCGAGCUGGCGGACAAUACCCUUUACUUCACCGUCAAAUCGGAUGCGAAGAGCAUUCUCAUGACGAAUUUCACGUUGCCCGCAAACGAGAGCUUCUGCGAUGGCAAGCAGCGUCAUGUGCAGGCCAUCAAAUCGAAGUUUGUCAUCAACAUUGCCGUGGACUUUGUCAGCUCCAAUCCGGGAGUGGGCAACGAGUCCUCUGCCCAGACCAAGACAAAUCGUCCGCUGUUCAUGGGCGGACAUCAUGCCUUCCAGAAGGCUCCAGGCAUCAAGACCAAGAAGACCUUCAAGGGUUGCAUCAGCAAUGUGGAAAUCAACAAGAAGGCAAUUCGAAUUACGCCAAAUAUGAUCACUGGCGACAUUUGGCAGGGCUACUGCCCGCUCGCCUAAAUAGAGAAACCCCAGAGAACGACCCUUGGAAGUGCUUAAAGGACAAACGAUUUUGGAAUUGUAUAAACUAUGAAAUUAUGCCCCAUGGAAAGUUGACUAAACUUGCAAUCAAAGGA